AUGCCUUGUGCCAACCUUAUCAAAGAAGAGUCCAAUGACCUCAAGGUCAAGUUCGUCAACAGCGACAGGGAACCAGGCACCACACAAGAAGCCUCAGAGGCUGAUUCUGACGCGGGUCCUGCCUUCAAAUACAACCGCAAGAAUCGCAAUAAAAUCAACAACAGAGUCGGAGCCGCCUUCGACAGUAGCCUCAAAUACGACAAGAGCUGUUCCGACAACAGCUGUAGCGACCGUAACAUCUUCAACGUUACCUCGACAGUCACCUUGAAUCCAAGUAUCACUGAAUAUACAGGAGACUCACAGCGCUCAAGUACGACCCCAAAGGCGCCACCCAAUCGAGAAUACUACGACUUUAUUAUGAAGGGCCUCAAAGUUGACAUGAACUUGGAGGAGCGUUUGGACGGUGAGGAUCAGGCUAUGUUAGCGCAGAACAGCAUACAUGAUCAGCAACAGCAUCAAGAUGAUCAACAACAACGGCAGUCAACCACGAUAGAGGAGGAUAUCCCAGUCAAUUCUGCCAUCAUGGCCUUUGCUCGAAAGUCGAUCAUGCAACACGCGUCGUCUUCGCCAAAGACAAUCUUCCGUAAACUGAGCAGCAACAGGCCCACUGGCUCCUCUUCCAAUGUCCAGUCGACAUCCAACAUUAUCAACAGCCGCACCAAGCCAUCUUCUGCUUUAACGAAAGUUGAUGAGAAUAGGAAUAUGAAUGGUAUCAAGCGCUCGAUAUCUGCCAUGGAGCAGUCAUUCAAAUUUGUAUCCAGACCUGAGCUAGCAAUACCGGCGGCAAAUGAUCCAAAGAAAAUUGCCACCAUGACACCCCCGAGCUCCGACGCAACUAAGAAUAAUGGAAGCGACACACAGUCUCCAGCAUUGUCCACCACAGCAUUCUCUCGCAGCGCGCUCGAUUUCUCUCAACCUUUGGCGCCAAGGGUUUCCAAGAUGGGUAGCUGUAAUACAGUUGCCUCUAAGAUCAUGCCAGUUGUAAAAGAUACCGAGCCCCAGCAACAUUCGACGAUUGUGACACCAGUUUCGCAACUCAGAACGCCACCAUCUGGAUCAGAUGUCAGUUUACCAUCAGAGGUGGAUACGGAGAUGCUACCUGCUUAUACCAUGGCACCCUCUAACACAAAUGGAUUAAUAGCUUUUGACCUUCGCUCGGCGCUCCGAAUAGUACGCAAACAAUGA